AUGGCGCGGGGCGGAGCCCGGCGGACAGCGGCCCUGGGCCUGGUGCUGCGGCUGCUGCUCGGCUUCGGACUGGGCCUGGAGGCCGCCCCGACCCCAGUCCCGAUCCCCUUCUUGGCCCACAGCCCAGGCUCGUGCCCGCCCACCAAUUUCCAGUGCCGCACCAGUGGCUUCUGCGUACCCCUCCCUCUGCGUUGCGACGGCGACAAGGACUGUCCGGAUGGCAGCGACGAGGAGGAGUGUGGCAUCAAGCCUUGCGCCCGGGACGGACAGUGCCUUCCACCCACUGGCAGCCCCUGCCCCUGUGACAGCAUCGAUGACUGCCCAGAUGGCCUCGACCACACCGUUCACAACUGCAGUCGCCAGCCCUGCCCGGCCGGGGAGCUUCGCUGCCUGUGGGGCGGUGCCUGCAUCCCCCGCACGUGGCUCUGCGACGGCCAUCCCGACUGCCCUGCCUCCAGCGACGAGCUUGGCUGUGGAACCGAGACGCCCCAGGAAGGGAAUGCCACAGCCAUGGGGACCCCUGUGGCCCCGGGCACUGUCACCGAUCUUGGGAAUGCCACCGCCACCUCGUUUGGGGACCAGGACUCAGUCCAGUCUGGAAACCGAAGUGCUUGUGGGGUUAUUGCCGCAGCCGUGGUGCUGAGCGCAGGUCUGGCUGCCAUCUCCCUGUUCGUGUUGUCCCGGCUCUGGGCCCGGGGGCGCCUGAACCAGCUGGGGCUGCUGAUGGUCGUGAAGGAGUCCCUGCUGCUGUCGGAGAGGAAGAGCUCGCUGCUCUGAGGACGAGCUGCUGCCACCACGUCUCCCGGGCCCUGGGCACGGCCACUGCGGCCACAUCGGCCCUCGGACGUGGCUUCUUCUGGCCAUGCAGCACCGUGGACCUGAGCUCCUGCAGAUGUGGCCCUGGAGGUCACGGGCACCUGGACCCUCGCCCCAGAUGCAGGAAGCCUGGCCCGGGAGCACGUCACAACCGGAACCUAGGGGCUGGCCCCAAGCUGCUCCGGGGGAUGGCCCCAACUAGACACUCCUGCUGCCUCUGUCUGAGGGUGGUGAUUAAAGUUACUUCACAUCCUC